AUGCCUUUCUCUUCUUGGGAACACACUGAGUAUGUGUCCGAUAACCUGGGCGAGGAGCUCACAGACGCCGUCGAACAGAUGUUGUCCGCGGCAAUUCAACAUCAUGGGCGCAAUCGUGAGCGUAUCUUGGACUCACUAUUCCGAUGGUUGUGUCGACCUAUCAAAGUGGUGGCACGAGCAAAAGAGAAAUUAUUUAGGAACCCUUCUCUGCUAAGUAAUGUGAAUAAUAUGAAGCGAUUGGAUUCUGAAUUUGCCAGCAGCGCUGAUGAUUUGGCUAAGCUGUCAGUAAACAAAACAAUGGUAUGUUUUAGGGUCGAGUAG